CAUCCACAGCUGUGCCCAGAGCAGCGUUUAUGCAGUGUGUGCGUUGGUGUGCUUGGAGUCUGUUUUCGGAUCCUGAGGGCCCUGGAGAGAACGUGUGCCUCCACUUGCAGGGCGGUGCUCUCCCCAACCCUUGGGGUGUCAUGGUCUAUUCUGCAAGCACACAGCAGACUAAUUCGGGGAAAUGUGUCAUCAAGUUCAAGUUUUCAUCUAGUGUGGAAGGAGCUUCUUGCAGCACGGCAUUGAAUGUGAGCCACCGGGAAACAUCGCCACCUAAGAAGUUACUUUCAGCACCCCAAGACGAACGCAUCUUGGAGCCGAUGGCUUCGACGCAGCAGUCUCCACGCGGCCCAGCGCUGUCUCUCUCUCAGCUGGUUGCGACUUCACGCUACCCAACCAUGAGCCACACGGUGGGGUCUCCAUGGCAACAACAGCUCCCCUCUCUGCUUUCUCCCUCCCCGAUGGCAUCGGCCCACCAGCUGUCACAUGUCGAGCGUCCAGUUGCCGGCAGCAUAGCUCAUCUGGAGCUGAGUGUGCAGGAGAGAGAGGGAAACAGAAAUGAGGAAGAGGAUGAGAUGCAGGAGCUGACCUUCACUCCAGUGCACGCCCCUGUCAUCACCCUCGGAACACACACUGCUGGCUCCUCCAGAUCGACCUCCCGGAGAUCUUUGGCCCAGCUUUUCUCCUCUGGUUUUCCACAGAUCCUGGACACUCAGAACCAGGUUGCUGAGGUUCUGGAUGCUUCCGAGCCUGUGAACUUUAACCCCCAGAGAGAAGAAGCAGAUCCUCUGCAGGCCAACACUCUCAUCCUUCAGUUCCUUGCUUUUACCAGGGUCCCACAAGCUGGUGUAAUUUCAGACUGGCCCAGAACUGUCCAUUUCACCUUCCAGCUUUACCGAUUUCCCCCUGUCACCACCGAGCGUCUGAAGCUGCUUGACCCGGAGAGGAACAGCAAGCUGAAAUCCGGCUCUGAUUACCCCUGUGUUCUCUCUGUUAUCAACAAGGACGGCACAUUCAGCUCUGGCUGUCCUGGUCUGCAGCUGCAGUACAGAGUUGACCCGCAGUUCCUCAAGCCAGGCGAACGAGGCUGGUUCCUGCGAUACCUGGCACUCCACUCCCUGCAGAUUGAUGUCUGGGACAGUGAAUCCUUAAUGCUUAUUGGCUCAGCUGCUGUGGAGCUGAAGCAUAUGCUCCGUCAAGGCCGUGCAGCCGUCCAGGUGAACCAUGAGCUGGAAGUGAUCACUACUGAGUACCUGCAGGAUGCCAGCUUUGCCAGCAGGCAUGACAACAAGCACAGCGCCACUCCAGCCAUCAACGUCUACACUACCGUAAAAGGAAUUCUGCAUCUGCGGCUUGGCAACGUUGGUGGCAGUGUGAAAAAUUCCCAGAGUUCUUUGGAUCUUCCUCCAUCGCUCUCCCAUGUGGUCCAGCCCAGCGAUGCCCCUCAGGGUUUUGCAGGAGGAGGUGUCCCCGCUUUAACGGUCCUCCAGCUUAACGCAAACAAUGCCAGACGAGCCCGCCGAUUGCCAGAAAUUGACAGUGAGCUGGCCAGACUGCUACAAAGCACCAUGAGGGAAGUAGGCGGAGCCACACUGCAUCAGCAGGCCGAAGCAAAGGAAGUGCGCCAGAGGAAGAUUGACAGAAUGGCAGCUGUCCGUCAACUCGAGGAGCAGAAAGCCACGCCCCCUUUUCAGGACAGCUCAAACAUCACGAGGCAUCGGGCAGAGCGUGUGCAACAUUCCCGUGACCUGCGUGUGAUUGAGGCCUAUCGUGAGCGCUGUAAAGCACAGGAGAUCACCAACAUGCUCUCUCAGGCCAUCACUACCAAACACACUCUCUACGCCUCGCUAGGAACGGCAGAGUUCUUCGAAUUUGUGCUCAAGAAUCCAUUCAAUGUUCCUCAGACCGUCUCUAUUGAAUGUGAUGACCCAGAGCUCUGUGUAAUGGUGAAAACUGAAGAGUGGAGAUAUUUCAAGGAGUUGACGAAGACUCUGACUCCUCUAGAGGAGGAGAUGUUUCAUGUAAAGGAGAGUACACAGACUCCACAGGUUUACCUGCGGCCCAAAGAAAGCGUCCAUGUCCCCUUCAAGUACCAGACCUUUAUCUGUGGUCACACCUUCCCUCUUCAGGAUAUGAAAGGCUUAAAGACUUCAAGAAGUCCACAGAUGGCUCAGAAACAUCUGUCCAAUACAAUUAAUGCCAAAUCCAUCAAGGUGCUGUUCCGCGGGGAAGACAGAAAGCCUCUGGCGAUCUGCCAGGUGGAUGUUGAACCCAUGCCACAUGUGGUGGACCAGACCUUCCGAUUCUACCAGCCUGAACUAACCUUUCUAAAGAAGGCCAUUCGCCUGCCUGCAGCCUGGGACGACACAGCAGAUGGUUCUGCCACCCUCCAUGUGCGCUGCAGCGACCACAAUGUCAUCUGCCACACCACCAACCUGACUCCAGGAGAACCACAGGAUGUUUACCUGAAAGUACCUGGUAGCCCAAGUCCACAGAUUAGGAAAUUCUUCAUCACAAUUUUCACUGACCCUUGGCUGGCCUCCCCUGCGCAGAUCUGGCAGGUAUACGUGCAUUACCUGCAAAGGAUGGACCUGAGCUGUGUGUGUGGCACUCUGAGCUGGCAUUCCCUGGUUCUGCACGGCACACAAGCCAUUCGCAGGGUCAAGUGCUACACGUCGCAUCCCCUCGAGCUUCAGGUGGAUCCAGGUGAAGUUUUUGCUCUUCCUGCUCAUGGAGUUCAGGAUGUCUGUGUGGGUCUUAGGGCUCUGCGCCCUGGAAGCCGUUUCUUUUACCUCAAUGUGGUCGACGUGGACACUCGGCAGCUGGUUGCCUCCUGGCUGCUGUGCAUCACAUGUCGACAGCCUGUAAUCUCCAAGGCGUUUGAAAUCAGCGUUCCUGUAGAUGGAGGGAAGGGCAGCAAUAAGAAAAUCAGUUUCACAAACCCCUACUCGUCCUCCAGAGUAUUCAAUCUGCGCACGGAUCGCCCAGACCUGCUUCAGUUUAAAGAGGAGCAAUUUCAGAUUGGGGGAGGGGAGCUGUACACCAUCGGGCUGCGCUUUGCUCCAAGUCAGAACCCUGGCAUGGAAGAGAUUCUCAUCUUUAUCAAUGACAAACAGGAUAAGAACGAGGACACUUACUGUGUUAGGGUUCAGUACCGAUAACACAACACUAUCAGCCUGCAUUACAGCUGCUGCUUUUGCCCACAAACAGACCUUCAACCAGCAGAUCGAUGUGGAUUUACUCGCAUCAUGCACAUGCAUUUUUGCUUACACUGUGUGAUAAGUUGAUCCAAAUAAGAUAUGCAUUGAAGUACAGACCAAACAUACUCUAUAUAUAAAUGCAGAGUGUAAGUAAGGUUAACUCCAUCCAGCUCAUUGAAUACAUGGAGUAAAGUGUCUCUCACGUGCGCCGGAGUAAAGCUAUCCUGUGGUGCUGCAGGCUGAAACUGAGAAGAGCUUCUGAUGCUCACAUCGGCACUCUUGAUGUGUGUGUUUAUUAUUAUGCUGAAUCCCUGCUGUGAUGUGUCAUUAGCAGCGGAGAGUGGAUGGCCACUUGCCCAGGACUUCAGCCAUCUUCAAACAGUGAGACGUGUUUGUAUGACCAGUCAUUUUAUUUUGUUAAGUGUUCGGAGUGUUACGUUCGCGCUCACUGACAAUAGAGUGAUACAUUUGGGGAAGAAAAUAGUCAUCCUUCAUUAUUUUUUG